AUAACAUUGCUCGAAUAUUAUCAUUUAUCUAUUUGUUUCUCUAAUGUUGACUUGCGGAAGACAAAUUUAUUAAAAUAUAAUGUUAAAUAGAACUGAUAUUUCGAUAGCAACUGCUAUCUUUAUUAACGUUAUAAGUUAUUGUUGAAUUGCAUUUAUUCCAGGUGGUGUUGUAAAUAUCUUACCAAUGCUUUAUGUAAAAAUUGAGCCUAUUAAACAACAAGUGCGAUGUUUCUUCUUUGCAUCGUUCGCUGGAUUAACAACAUGCAUGAUUUUCAAUAUAUUGUGGGUUUUAUCUGUUCUUCAUAUUGUACCUCAAACUGAUGCCCAAUGUAGAGAAGAUUAUUCACAGACAUAUAACGAAAAUGGAACUCUAACAUCAUCACAUCUAUCGACGAAUAUCAUCCCACCAGAAGACUGCUACAAAUAUACAUUAAAGAGGUCGGAAGAAAAUGGACAAAUUUCUACUGUUCCAUUGACUGAAAUAAUUAUAGACUUUUUUCCAGAAUACAGGUGGGUUGGACGGUUUACCCAAAUAUUCAUAGCUGUGAGCCUUACAGUAUCAUAUCUUACAUUUGGAUCCGCCUUGAAGAGCAUGCUGGGAGGAGUGUUAGAUGCAGUGAUGCCACGAAGUCCCAGUUCAAACGAGUCAACCGGUACACUUCAAAGAGUAACCAACUCAAUGUAAUACCUCUUAAUAUUCCACAAUUUGUUAUUAUAGAAUUUUUUACUAACAAAUUUAAGAGGCUAUUUGUGACAGACCAACCUUCUUCUGUCCCCUAGACGGAAAAGGUUCAACAAUGUGGUAGGCCUCUAUCCAUUUUACAGACAACUGCGUGCAAAACAAAUGCUCUCUUUGAAAGCAAGC